GGGCGGGGCCGCGCCAGCCCGGAAGAGACGCCGCGCCGCGCAUGCCCCUUCCUUUCCAGCCGCGGCUCCGGACGCUGCAGCCGUCGCGAUGUUGAUGCCCAAGAAGAACCGGAUUGCCAUUUAUGAACUGCUUUUUAAGGAGGGAGUGAUGGUGGCCAAGAAGGAUGUCCAUAUGCCUAAGCACCCAGAAUUGGCAGACAAGAACGUGCCCAACCUUCACGUCAUGAAGGCCAUGCAGUCUCUCAAGUCACGAGGCUACGUGAAGGAACAGUUUGCCUGGAGACAUUUCUACUGGUACCUUACCAACGAGGGCAUCCAGUAUCUCCGUGAUUAUCUCCACUUGCCCCCUGAGAUUGUGCCUGCCACCCUGCGCCGCAGCCGUCCAGAGACAGGCAGACCUCGGCCGAAAGGUCUGGAAGGCGAGCGACCUGCAAGACUCACCAGAGGGGAAGCUGACAGAGACACCUACAGGCGGAGUGCUGUGCCCCCUGGUGCCGACAAGAAAGCCGAGGCUGGGGCUGGGUCCGCAACCGAAUUCCAAUUUAGAGGCGGAUUUGGUCGUGGACGUGGUCAGCCACCUCAGUAAAAUUGGAGGGGGGGGUAUUUUGUGUUGAAUAAACCUGUAGUCAGAAAAC